AAAAAUUUGAGGGCAAUAGUUUAGCCACCUAUAAAAACACGGAAGUAUCUCAGGCCGCGACCGUGACGUUGUGGCUUGCGAUUGGUCGAAUUGUACCCUAGUUUGUUACUAUGGUAACAGCGUUCCUGCUGAAAUGAAGGAGGAAUUACGAGCAAUGAAUGAUUCAGAAGUUCUUGAUUUUCGCGAGUUGGAACGGGAGUUGGCCAACGCUGUGGCUGCAGAUGAGAAGUAUCAGAGGGAGAAUGCUGCAAAAUUUCGUGCCAUUCACCAGAAAGUGGCAUCUUAUGAGGAGUUCAGAGACAUUGUAGCAGCUUCUAACCUAAAACCCUUGGAGCGGAAGGACAAGAUUGGAGGCGAUAGGAAGCAGCCAUGGAACCCGACUGCAACAACAAGCAACUCGUCCAAAGAGCCAGCGAGUGCCGUGUUACAGGAAUCAGUAUCAGAACCCAGAAAUGCAUUUGAGUUUUCCCGUGAGUGGCGCAGGAUAGAUGUGAAGAAAAGAUAUGACUUCCUUUUGCAAAUUGGGGCUGAGAAGUUAUCCCGUAUUUUCCAUGCUGAAGUGUGCUCCGGACUGCUGGGGGAGUUCCUUAUUGUGUUGGAGGAACAUCUCCAGGGUGGGCAGGCGGGGGAAGUGAUGGAAAUAUUGCAGUGUUUGGCAACGACUCCACGCUUCCACCUCAACCUGGUCUUCCUCAGCAAGAAGGAGAUGGAACGCUGCCAGAGGCUGUUUGUGAAGCUACAGACUUUAGUGAAUGAUGGAAACGAAGCAGAUGGAAGAUGGAAACCAGCAUUACAGCAAUUAACAAUUCAUUAUAAGCUCAAUGAGACAAGAAACUAACUUGUACAUUACUGUCAUCAUUACCAGGAUGAGCAAUAACCCGCUAUUAACCCCGUCUCUGAUCCAAGAUUUCUUCACUUAUUUUUAUAGUCACCUGGUCUGUCUGAACAAGCUUCAACAAGCACAGUCCCAAAGCUUGACGUAAAUAAAGCAACUUUCUAUUAUA